UUCAGAUUGGGAAAAAUAUUAAGACAGGUUACAACUUUUUUCUUUCGCUCGGUGUACCAAAAACCUCCACAAUUCCACUUUAGGUACCGAUUCUCAACAACACCACCACCACCAACAACAACAACAACAUCAACACCCGAACCUCCAGCAUCAUCUUGCCGAGACUGCAGUUGUGGUGAGCGCAAUGAGGACCUCCGAGUGGUGGGUGGUACGGAGACGGACGUGAACGCUUACCCGUGGACCACCAGGCUGAUCUAUCACAACAGCUACGGCUGCGGAUCAUCGCUCAUCAACGACAGAUACGUCAUCACUGCGGCUCAUUGUGCGCAAGGGUUCAUGUGGUUCAUGUUUCGUGUGAAGUUCGGUGAACACAACCGCUGCGAGUACAAGAAGGACGAGUACCCUAUGAUCCGGUACAUCACGCGCAUGUACGUCAACAACUUCACCAUCACCCACCUGACUCAUGACCUCGCGCUGCUGAAGUUGAACAAGCCCGUGCAGUACUCGCAUCGAGUUCGCCCCGUGUGCCUGCCUAAACCAUCUCAUUACGAGGAUUCUCUCUUCGUGGGGACGAUGGCGACAGUGGCUGGUUGGGGGGCGAUGUCUGAGGGUGGGAACUGGUCGUGUACGCUGCGAGAGGCCCAGCUGCCGGUACUAAGCAACUACGAGUGCAAGAACACCAAGUAUAAUGAGUCCAAGAUCCAGGAGGGACAUCUGUGCGCCGGAUAUCCCAAUACCGCGCAUGUGGAUGGAUGCACUGGUGAUAGUGGAGGUCCGUUGAUUGCUGAAAACAAAGACCACGCUUACGAUUUGAUUGGUGUCGUCUCAUUUGGUUACGGUUGCGCAAGAAAAGGCUUUCCGGGAGUAUACACAAGGAUCACCAAAUACCUGGACUGGAUUAAAGAACACACAGAUGAUGCCUGUUACUUGAUAGUGAUUGGUGAGGAGAUAGAGUAUACUACGGAUGAUCCCUACUUGCCAGUUGACACAGAAGAUUUCACAGCAGAACCCGAUGGUUUCGAUAAUAUGAAUAACGAACGAUACAGGUGCAAUUGUAGAUGUGGGGAGAGGAAUGAAGCGCCGCGCAUCACGGACGGCGUGGAGACGGCAGUGAACGAGUUCCCGUGGGUGGCGCGACUGUCCUACUUCAACACCUUCUACUGCGGCGGCACACUCAUCAACGACAGAUAUGUCAUGACAGCAGCUCAUUGUGUCAAGGGAUUAAUGUGGUUCAUAAUAAAGGUGACAUUGGGGGAGCACAACCGCUGCAAUAAGACUUACAAGCCAGAAACACGUUUUGUGGUUGAGGUGGUUGCCCGGAAUUUCACGUAUACCACAUUUAAGGACGACAUCGCACUCCUAAAACUUAACGACUGGGUCGGUGUUGGGGACACGAUCAAGCCUAUAUGCCUACCACACAGCGACGAAAAGGAUUACGUGGGAGUAAAAGCUAUUGCUGCAGGUUGGGGUUCCACAAACGAAAAAGGCAAUCAUUCCUGUGUUCUAUUAGAUGUUGAGCUACCGGUACUCAGUAACAAGGAGUGUAAGAACACAAAGUAUGACUCGGAGAUGAUAGACAGCGCUAUGUUAUGCGCAGGUUUUCCAGCAGAAGGAAAAAAAGAUACCUGCCAGGGUGAUAGUGGUGGACCUUUGACAGCCGAAAGAGAAGAUAAAAGAUACGAGCUUUUAGGUGUCGUCUCAUGGGGAAUCGGCUGUGGCCGGCUUGGCUACCCCGGCGUCUACACGAGGGUCACUAAGUUCCUGUACUGGAUACGACACAACUCUAGAAAAGGCUGUUUUUGUGCCGACUAA